AUGGCAAUCACCAUUCGUCGAGGAAGAGCGGCCUUGCGCUGGGUUGUGAGAGCGCUCAUGGGUCUUUUACCAUCCCCGGAAUCGGGAUCGUGGAUGUUGUUUUUAAUUGCGAGUAAAACUAAUAAUGCCCUUCAGGUUUUCGUUGGCCUAAAGGACGCAAUGCGUUCGGUACGCCAACGCGAACUAUUUCCUUUCCGGCACACGACCUGCCCUUCACUUUUCAACAAAUGA